UAAUGCUGAUGAUACUGCAGAAACAAUAUUAAUGAAUGUUUUAAGAGGUGAUAUUGCAAGAUUUCAAAGAUGUACUAAUAUAAUUACUGGGAGUGAAGGAUCUAUUCCUAGGGCAAAACCCUUCAAGUACACUUAUGAAAAAGAAAUUGUAAUGUAUGCCUAUUUUAAGAAGCUUGAUUAUUUUUCAACAGAAUGCAUAUAUUCUCCAAAUGCUUACAGAGGUUUUGCAAGAGGAUAUAUAAAAGAUUUAGAAUCAAUAAGGCCAAGUAGCAUCUUAGGUAAGAUAUAUUCUAAGGAAGGAACUAGAAAGAAAACAUUGACUUUCUUAAAAACAACUUUCUUUCAACCUUUAAAAGUUGCUUAUAAAACUGUUUUAGAAGAAAUUUUUCCUAAGAUUAAUAAUGAAGAAUGUAGAAGCAUUAUUGCUAUUAAAUUAGAUUUAGGUUUUGCAAGAGGAUAUAUAAAAGAUUUAGAAUCAAUAAGGCCAAGUAGCAUCUUAGGUAUUUGUAAAUGCUGUGGCUAUAUAUCUAGUCAAGAGAUAUGCAAAGCUUGUGUUAUGCUAGAAGGAUUAAACAAAGGAUUACCGAAACUUGGAAUUGGGAAAAGUAGCAAAGUAAAGAAAAAGAUGGAAGAUAUUCAAAUGACGAAAGAGAAGAAUUCGAAUCCAUCUGAAUAUUUCUAAGAAGAAAAUUACCACAACAAUUUUAUAUAAUAUAAAUUGUAAAUAUUAUUACCUGUUUAAAUAAAGGCAUUUUGUACAUACUUUUUUCUAGAUAUAUUCUUGUUAAAGUUGAGCUUUAUUAAAUUUUA